AUGGCCUUCAUCAAAAGACAACUUGCCGAUGCGAAGCGCGCAAUGCCAUCAGUUGUGAUAGCUGGAGCAGGUCUCGUUGGUGCACUCAAUGCCUGUUUCUUUGCUCAAAAAGGAUGGGAUGUGUCUGUUUAUGAGUUUCGAAGAGAUAUCAGAACUAUGAAACAUGUUCAAGGAAGAAGUAUCAAUUUGGCAUUGAGUCAGCGAGGAAAAUCGGCGUUGGAAGCUGUUGGACUCAAAGAGUAUAUUGUGAAUCAAGGAGUUCCGUUGUAUGCGAGACUCAUCCAUAACAAAGAUGGAAAGACUUACAAUAGACAACCUUAUGGUAAACCAGGAGAGCACAUUGUCUCUAUCAAUCGCCGCCAUUUAAAUGAAGUUAUGAUAACUCAAGCUGAAAAGUCUCCAAACGUCAAAUUCUUCUUCGAACAUAAAGUUAAAAGUGUGGAUUAUGAUAAGAAGCAGUUAGUAGUGCAGUGUACUUCUCAACCAUCAAGGAUACCACAAUUCGGCAGUAAAUCUCCGCCAGCCGAACACGAGGAGUUCCACGUGGAUGCUGACCUUAUUCUGGCAUGUGAUGGAGCAUAUUCUGCAGUUCGAAGAAGUCUGAUGACUAUUCCAAGAUUCGAUUUCUCUCAAGAAUACAUUGAGCAUGGAUAUGUUGAACUGAAUAUAAUGGCCAAUAACAAUGAAUUUGCUUUCGAGGAAAAUGUGUUUCAUUUGUGGCCACGAGGACAUUUCACCCUUAUCGCAUUGGCUAACAGGGACAAAACUUUCACUGUGACCAUAUUUGCGCCGUUCACCGAAUUUGAGAAACAUAUGUCGACGACUGAAGAUGUCUUAUCUUUCUUUGAAGAGAACUUUCCAGAUGCUUAUCAGCUACUUGGAAAAGAGCACAUUGCGGAUACAUUCAAUCGAGUGAAACCUCAAUCACUCGUUUCCAUAAAAUGUUCUCCUCAUUCAUUCUUCGAUAAUCUAGUUCUGAUGGGAGAUGCCGCUCAUGCAAUGGUUCCAUUUUACGGGCAAGGGAUGAAUUGCGGUUUCGAAGAUUGUCUUGUUUUCAGUGAAACACUUGAAGAACAGGGAAAUGACAUAGCUAACGCAGUUCAAGUCUAUUCUGAAAGAAGAGUCAACGAUGCUCAUACAAUCAAUGAUUUAGCAAUGUACAAUUAUGAAGAAUUGAAGGAUCUUGUGAACAGAAACUCGUACAAAUUGAGAAAGAAAUUCGACUCAAUCAUGAAUUCAAUGUUCCCCAAAAGUUGGAUUCCUCUUUAUUCGAUGGUCACAUUCACACGUAUUCCCUACUCCGAAGUGAUUGAAAGAAGAAAAAAACAAGAUAAGAUUCUCUCCAGUCUCUUGACAACUACAUCCACGUUCGCAUUGAUCGGUGCAGCGAUUGGAAUUUAUUUGAAUCGUGGGAAACUUGGAUUUUAA